AUUCACAUGGCGGCAUCCACCUAUGAGAGCAGACCUUGUACGCUGGUAAAGGGAGGGUGUGGCCAGGUGUGGCUGCAUCUGGUCCUCAGCACAAGGCGCCGCAAACAGGCAGCUGUCUUCAUGUCUUCAUUGUUGGCGACAUCGUGGAAAGUUCAUCUUCCUUGAGCUGAGGUCGCCUGCUAGGUCGACCCUGUUGCAGAAGCUCUUCGAACCUGUUGGUCACAGAACCACAUUGCGCGACCUUGUCCAUGGUGCUCAUUGUUCCUUUUGAACCUACCUGCCUAAUGCUUCCAUUCUUCAUUCUCACAAGACACUAGUUCCUUGCCAAGGCAUCCCUUUACCACUUCUUCCCAUCAGCCACCCAGCAUAGUUGUUGGCACCGACUUCUGACUUACCCGGGGACGGUCAAACCAGGCCGUUACCAUGUCGUUCUGCUCGGAUGUCUUCCGCGCCAACUUCUCCUCGGCCGUCGGGGCGAACGGGCCCGCAGCGACGGACCUGCUCUGCACCGAGCUCCAGAGCCUUGCCGACGGAGUCGACACCGGUUUCCUCCUCUUCUCCGCCUACCUCGUGUUCUCGAUGCAAAUCGGGUUCGCGAUGCUCUGCGCCGGCUUCGUGCGCGCCAAGAACGCGCUCAACAUUCUGUUGACGAACGUGCUCGACGCUGCGGCGGGGGCUGUUUCGUACUACCUGUUCGGGUUCGCGUUUGCGUACGGGACGGGGAAGAAUGCGAACGGGUUUAUUGGGGUGUCCAACUUUGCAAUGCACGAAUUCACAGAUUACCGGACAUGGAUCUUCCAGUGGUCGUUUGCCAUCGCGUGUGCGGGCAUCACGUCGGGGUCGAUUGCGGAGAGGACCAAGUUUCAGGCCUACCUGAUCUACUCCUCGUUCCUAACCGGGUUUGUGUACCCCGUUGUCUCGCACUGGGUCUGGUCGGCUGACGGUUGGGCGUGCGCCUAUAAGGCAGACGGCAACUACCUGUUCGAUGUCGGUGUCAUCGAUCUGGCGGGCAGCGGGGUCGUUCACAUGGUGGGCGGACUUGCAGGGUUUUGGGCGGCCACGAUUGAGGGGCCUCGCCUCGGAAGGUUCGACAAGGGCGGCAAGUCGCUCGAGAUUCGCGGCCACAGCGGCACUCUCGUCGUUCUCGGGACGUUCCUCCUCUGGUUCGGCUGGUACGGUUUCAACCCGGGGUCGCAGCUAAGCAUCAUUGGCGCCAACUCGGUCGUUGUCGGACGUAUCGCGGUCUGCACCACUCUCUCGGGGGCCGCCUCCGCUGUGACCACGCUCUUUGCGCGGCGGUACACUGAUGGGCACUGGACAGUGCAGGACUCUUGCAACGGGCUCCUCGCCGGCUUCGCCGCAAUCACCGCAGGCGCGCACGUGCUCGAGCCCUGGGCCGCAGUUCUCUGCGGAUUCUGCACCGCGUGGGUGUUCCUGGGGCUGUGCAAGUUGAUGCCGCGCUUCCGCUACGACGAUCCGUUGGAGGCGUUCCAAUUGCACGGGGGGUGCGGCGCUUUCGGCUUGCUCUUCGUAGGUUUGCUGGCCAAGAAGGAAUUCAUCUUGGAGGCUUACUCCGGCAAGGACGACAGCACACCCACACCGUACGGCCUCUUCUACGGCGGCGGCGGCAAGCUGUUUGCUGCCCAGAUUAUCGACAUUCUAGUUAUUGCCGGCUGGGUGUCUGCGACGAUGGGCCCCCUCUUCUUCCUCCUCCAUAAGGCGGGGUGGCUGCGCGUCUCGCCGGACGUCGAAAUCGCCGGGAUGGAUGUAAGCAAGCACGGGGGGUCCGCUUAUCAUGACCACGAACGAGAGGCGGGCGUGCGGCUAUACGCGCCGGCGGAGUUUAGAAACCGGCAAAACGCGCAGGAGGAGGUGGACGGCAAGAAGGGGACGGGGGGGUCGAUCCAGGCCACUCUGCAGGGGAAUGAGCAGGUCUGAGGGGGGGGGGGGAGAUGAGAGACUUUCAAGGGGAGCUUUGAGGUUGCACUUAAGCAUGGAUGCUGAGCUUUUGCCAGCAUAUUCAGGGGGUGCCGACGAAGUUGGCAGUCCCUGCAUUGAAGAAGAGGAUUGUUGGGGACAAAGGAGAAGAGCCGCGGAUUAGAACGGGGGACAUGUUUACUUACAUCUUUACUACUUUGGCAAAACCCGUUCCUUUCGUCAUUUGCAAGCGAGA